GCCAGAAUGGAUUUCGGGUCUCUGGAGACCGUGGUGGCCAACUCUGCCUUCAUCGCUGCCCGGGGCAGCUUUGACGGGAGCAGCGCCCCGUCUUCCAGGGACAGGAAGUACCGGGCCAAGCUCCGGCUGCCCCCGCUGUCCAAGUGCGAGGGCCUCCGGGACAGCCUGGACCUGGAGUUCCAGAGCGUGUGCCGGGAGCAGCCCAUCGGCAGGCGGCUCUUCCAGCAGUUUCUCAGGGCCGACCAGAGGCACGAGCCGGCUGUGGGCCUCUGGCUGGACAUCGAGGACUAUGACACGGUGGAUGGUGACCUGCGGCCGCAGAAGGCACAGAGAGUCGUGGCCACGUACCUGGACCCCCAGGCCCAGCUCUUCUGCAGCUUUCUGGAUGAGGGGGCCGUGUCGAAGGUGAAGGGGGCGGCCGUGGGGGGCCAGGAGGGGCUCUUGCAGCCGCUGCUGCAGGCCACGCUGGAGCACCUGAGCGGGGCGCCCUUCCAGGAGUUCCUGGGCAGCCUGCACUUCCGGAGGUUCCUGCAGUGGAAGUGGCUGGAGGCCCAGCCCGUCGGGGAGGACUGGUUCCUGGACUUCAGGGUCCUGGGGAAGGGGGGCUUUGGGGAGGUGUCUGCCUGCCAGAUGAAGGCCACCGGCAAGAUGUACGCCUGCAAGAAGCUGAACAAGAAGCGUCUGAAGAAGAGGAAGGGUUACCAGGGCGCCAUGGUGGAGAAGACCAUCCUGACCAAAGUGCACAGCAGGUUCAUCGUGUCUCUGGCCUAUGCUUUCGAGACCAAGACUGACCUCUGCCUGGUGAUGACCAUCAUGAAUGGUGGUGAUGUCAGGUACCACAUCUACAGCGUGGACGAGGAGAGUCCCGGCCUCCCGGAGCCGCGCGCCACCUUCUACGCGGCCCAGAUGCUGAGCGGUCUGGAGCACCUGCACCAGAGACGGAUCGUCUACCGCGACCUCAAACCCGAGAACGUGCUGCUGGACGACGGGG